AUGGUUUCUCGCACAGGACCCACGAAGUCUGCCCUGUUUCUGCUCUGCUGUGUGGGAAGCUGGCUGAGCUCCCACAUGUCUCCUAUCCGUUCUCUACAACCAAACGCAGAAAAGGGUAUAGUCAAGGAAUUGCAGUUCUUGUCGAAUGAACUUUUGGAAAACUUCGUAAGUGAAGAAAAGGGGCUGCCAACAUCCUCAAGUUACACACUACCGUGUUUCAUCCCCAAUGCCCACCCGCCAAACAACAUCAACAUCUCAGCCGUUCAGACAUAUCUCAAGACGAUCGGACCAUUAAUCGAUAACACAACUACUACUGGUGAAAUCAUAGAACAUCUCGACAAACUCGCACCUCAAAAUGCAUCAGAAACAAACAUUUCUGUGCCUGAAAAUGCCUUUGAAAAAAAACGCUUCAUCUUGACUAUCUUAAAACAGUUUUCAGAGUGCAUGGAUCUUGUAUGUAAGUCAUUUAACUGUGAAGCCCAACAGGCCACCUAA